AAAAAAUAACGACAGAAUUAGCAAAAAACAUAUGAGUAGCCGUGCGGCUAGUCAAGAACCGGCUAGUUGUCAACCCUGACAUUAAUUGGGCCUGAGGCUGAAGUUAUUUCGCACACCUGAACAUACAUAUUUUCUAAAGUUCGGAGAGUACGACGAUACGCACACAAAUAUCAGUCCGCAGCAGCCACAAGCGUUGAACCAAUACGCAAAAUCGAAACGGGUCAAAUUCAUAUGCCCCAUCGGGUCCGCGUCGCAUAUCUGCAGCCUGAAUGAGAACACGUCACAUGACAAGGCUCGAUGAGUUAUUGGACAUAGAGGCGGUGAGAAGAAGCAGAAGCGGAAAAAGAGGAACGGCUGGAGGAUCGGCGCCUGUCUGAACAAUUGUACACUUUGGUACUCCAGCUGAAAGGAAAUAUCACUUCGCAGUUUACUGGCAAGACGAGAUAUACUCACCGCAUAUCACACCGCCAGAACUGGACACGUAAAUGGAGAAUGCUAAUGAACCCCAACGGACGAGACGCGUGGAGUUGGAGGAGGCUUUAGCGCUCGCAGGAUUUGGGAAGUUCAAUGCCGGCCUCAUUAUCGUCUGCGCGAUAUGCCUCACCGCCUCGAUCGUCGAAACAAUGAGCACAGGGUUCAUCCUGGCGGCUGCUCAAUGCGACCUGCACAUGACCUCAAGCCAGAAAGGAAUCCUGACGGGUUCCACUUUCACAGGUAUGGUAACUAGUGCCCACACUUGGGGUGUGAUCGCGGACACAACAGGACGACGAAAAGUGUUGUUAGUAUCUCUUUUCGGCGCUUGGGCAUUCAGCUUCGCGUCGGCUUUCGCUUACAACUUUUGGCUCCUGGCAUUCCUUCGACUGAUGGUGGGUUUGCUGAUAUCCGGUUCCUCAGCCGCCGUUUAUUCGUACCUGGGAGAAUUCUCCAGCGUGAAGUUCAGGUCCAAGUCAAUUGCUUGGGCUUGCACAGCGUUUCCUUUCUCGAUGUUGUUGAUGCCAGGAGUCGGAUGGGGGAUUCUACCGCUCGAUUUUGAGCUCGACAUUUUGGGCCUAUCAUUCAGGUCAUGGCGGCUGUUCGUCUUGAUCCUUGGCCUACCAGGUUUAAUAUCGUUCUUGGGCCUCCUAAGGUUUCCAGAGAGUCCAAAGUUCCUGGUGCUGAUCGGUCGGCAUAGAGAUGCUGUCGACAUCCUCCAGGACGUCUAUCGUUCCAACGGAGGUUCGAAAACGGGCUCGAAAUAUCCGGUUUCCGAAAUCAUCGCUCCAGCAUCGAUGAGCAUGGACCAAGACGUGAUGGCCGCAAAAUCGGGCGCCGUAUUGAGGGUCCUUAGAACAAUGUGGGACCAAACGGUACCCCUUUUCAUGCACCCCCACGGUUUCAUCACCCUGCUUGUUUGCGCGAUGCAGUUCGAGAUAUUCUUCAGCUUCAACGGCAUGUACCUUUGGAUGCCGGAGAUCCUGAACCAGGUCGCACUCUACAACGACGAGAAUCCGGGAUUGUCAGCCACGAUAUGCGACGCCUACGCCGUUAAGACACCGGAAGUCGCAGUCAAUGUGACUGCGCAUCCUCAUCACGGACACGAAUGUCAUCGUCACCUAGACACCAGUGUUUUCAUCAACACAAUGACCAUCGCAGGCGUCAGUCUCGUAGUCUACUCGUCGGUCGGUUUCCUCGUCAGUGUAAUGAAGAAAAAGACGAUAAUAAUACUGUGCCAAACUAUGAGUGGACUAGCUGGGAUUGGUCUUCUCUUUGUCAACUUGACACCCCUUAUUUCAACGAUGAUAAUUGUUUACCACGUUAUAUCCGGUGUCUGCCUGAGCCUACUGACAUCAAUUGUUGUCGACUUGUACCCGACGAAUUUGAGAACCAUGGCGGUGUGCAUCACCCUGGUAUUGGGUAGAACAGGGGUUAUUGCAGCCGGAAACUUGAUCGCUCUUCUAAUUGAGAUUGACUGCUCGUUAACGAUGAGCGUGAUGGCCUGUGUUCCUCUAACGUGCGCUAUUUUAUGCUGCUUCGUGCCGAGAGAAGCCAGCGUCGUGACGACGAACGAUUAACGGCGAAGCUAAUUGGUAAUAUUAUAAUCACAGGAAAUAAAUGAUCAAUUAACGUAUAAGUGACGUUGAAUUAAAUUGAGGUGGUCAUGAAAAGACACAUACACAGAGUUUUAAUUAUAUGAACAAUAAAAACUAUCAAUUUGCUUCUGUUUUACUAUGUAAUUGCGUCGGCCUCGGGUAGAGAUAACGCAAAUCAUUAGAUAAUCAAAGGUAUCUAUUAAAGUUACUAGUAUGUAAUGUAAUAUACGAUAUAUAGCAUUACGUAGCGAAAUGUUGACGUGUUUGUAUUAUAUGUAGUGAUUUUUUGUGUACUGUAGUGUGAACUGUUUUGUUCACUAGCUGUCAUUUGAAAAUAUUAUGCAAAAUUAUAAUUU